UCUUGAACGGCUUUCUCCUGUCAGCCAAGAUCCGUGAUUCUACCGGACCUUCGCCGAAAAGUCGCCAACCUGCGAAUCACGGCGGAGUGAAGCCACGCGUCAAAUAAGGCGCGCCGAAUUGGAGCGCCAGUCGCAUUAUGUCGUCGAGCUAUCCUCCACCACCGGCCUCAGUACCCGACGGCACAACUUCGAAUUCCAUAGACACGCCGCAACAGCAGCAGCAAGGACCCGAAGAUGAACCCCACCCGAUCCAUCCUGCCUUCGCCGCUGAGGCCGCUGCCGCCGCUGCGGUUGCGGCCGCGCACCAUGGGUUGCAAGCUCUCCAAGCCGCUGUUGCCGAUUCCGCAUCCGUGCCGAUAGCAAGCCCUGCGACAGUGGCAUCACAACAGCAGCAGCAGCAUGCAACGCUUCCCGAUGCCUCUCCCUACCUCGCUGAUGCCGGGGCAUCUGCCGGUCCCUCCUCAAGCCCUGCCGACAUUGUGACAUCUGCACCACCCCCCAGGGCAACUCGGUUGCGCCGAGCGUGCGAUAUGUGCAGCCAGCGCAAGGUCAAAUGCGACGAGAUGCAGCCGUGCCGGCCAUGUAACGAUCUGAACGUCGACUGCACCUUCAAUCGAACAAUGAAGCGUCGCGGGCCGCCCAACAAGCAUGCAGAAGCUGCAAGGGCAGCAAAACAGCAGCGGCUCGAGCCUAAUCUAAGUCCUGGGCCACAUCAUGCCGCCAAAACAUUGAUCUCCAUCGCCGUAGGCCAGGAUACCCAGGCAGUUCUGGAUGCCGAAUCGAUUGCGCCCUGGCCGGUGCUGACGCUGCUCAUCGACGACUUCUUCACAUAUAUACAUCCUCUCGCGCCCUUCCCGCACGAGCCUACAUUCAGGAUGUCCUUCACUACCCGUGAGGAUCGGACCAACCGGACGUUUCUUGCCCUUCUGGCCAGCAUGAUAGGCUGCUUGGCUGCAUCUUUUCCUCGCGCAGUGAGACAGCAUCUAAAGGCGCACCAACACGGCAUGAAUAUGUAUCCCAAGGCGAUUACUCUAAUUGAGCGAUGCAGGACCGUCGCCCUCGAGGCAAGGGGCGCUUCUUUCUACAGCAAGGACGACGUGACCGUCUACGACGCAGCAACGAGCUACUUCCUCGGCUUGGCAGCGGGAUACGUGCUGCAGUGGAAGGUUUGCCGCCGCUUCAUGGCCGAGACCAUGUCCUUCAUCAGGGAACUGGGCUAUCACAAACCCCGGGACCUGGGCUCAUCCAUGUUUGGUGUGACCUAUCGUGGGCCCUCCUUCAACCAUGUCGAAGACCAGCUCGGCAAGCGCAUCUUCUGGUGCAUGUUUCUGGGCAUUCGGUCGAUGUCGCAGCUCGGCGCUCCACACGGCGAAAUCGUUCUCCCUCCGCCAACGCCUAGCGAGCCUUACCCAGAAUUUCCGGUCGAGGUGGAUGAUCAGUACAUCCUAGCCCACCAGAUCCUAGGCCAACCCGAGGGCACUGUCUCCCUCCUUACUGGCUUCGUUCAAGCCAUCAAAAUCUACAUGACCAUGAACGGUCUUGUCAGCGUGGAGCUGUCCUAUGGCAUAGCCACCCUCCCUUUCCACGACCAAAAGGUGAUGCUGGACGAGUGCCUGCAAGCGGUUAAGCACGUAAUGGACGACCUGCCGCGCGAGCUCAGAAUCGAUCUGAACUCGCCCGACAGUGGCGCCAACCAUGGGCUUGACAAUCUCCUUCCAACAAAUUCUCAAACCUCAAAUCUCUUUGACGAUAGCGGCGCUGGCGGACUUGCCUACUUGAAUCUUGGCUACCAGCAACAAACUCCAGCCGAUUUCCGGCACAUUGUCAGCGCUCACCCCGAGCGCCGCCGCCUGCUCCAGUACGAAAUCCAAAAAGCAAACAUUUACGCCUCCCAGCUAGCCACGCGCUCGUACUACGUCGAGCGCUAUCUCAACCUGCGCGACGCCCACCGCGAACACGUCCGGCAAGCAGCCGCCGCCGCCGGCGCCUCGUCUUUCACUCCCAACGGCGGUGGGGACGCCUCCAACCCCACCGACACCGCGAAUGCGAACAACAAGUCUGUCGCCGCUGCCGCGCUCCGGGCAGCCGCCGAACACCACACCCAACAACACAUGGUCGCCGAACGCGAGCUCAUCGUUCAGAACCUGCUCACCGUGCUAACCACCAUCUCCCAGCGCAACCUGGAGCCCAACGGCGGGUCCCUCAUCAACAAGAUCCGCCAGGUGGCAAGCACCCUCGUGAACGAUGCCCCCGAGCGCAAGGGGCCCGUCGCGGUCAAGGCGGAGGAGGGUCUCAGGUUGUUUGUGGACGUGCUCAUGCGCUUGGAGCGUUCUGGCACGGGAAUGCCUGUCGGUGGUGGUGCGGGAGUUGGAGUGGGGUUUAAUCAGAUAGGUAUUGGCGGUGUGGGGUUUAAUAUGGGAGUUGGUGGCAUGGGAUGGGGUUUCGGGGUCGGGGUUGGGGUUGGGGUGAAUGGUGAUGGUGGUGGUGCUGGUGUUGCUGGUGGUGGGAUGAUGGAGGAUGAGGAGCAGGAGUUGAGGAAUUGGGCCGAUCUGAGGCAGUGCCAGGUCAGGUUUCUGCAGGGUGGCGGGUUCAUGAUGUGAAUAGGUGCUUUUGUCAAUUCGUUGGGUGGUUUGAUUGAGGUUUAUAAGGCGUUGAGGUGGGGAAAAUCGCGGCUUGGUGCGCCCUGGGUAAGGGAUUGCUGUAUGAGUACGAGGUACCAG